CCAAGAAGCUUUGUAACACUACCUAUGUUAGCUAGCUAGUCUAUAAUUGUUUCAUUUAUUUAGCUAGGCUGCUAGUUUUCAUAUAAGAAUUGUUUUGUUUUGUUGGUUUUUAGUUGAUAACAUGUAUCGUAUAUGCUUACAGUGGUGGAUGUUAAACUACAAAAUAAAUGUUGCAGUAUUUUGAGCAUGGGAUACUUGGCUGAAUUUCCAGUCAUGGAUGCAAAACGAGUGUUGUGUCCUAGCUCAUCUGGAAAGCUGACGAAUCAUCACAUUAUUAAAGACCACAUGAUAUCACAUUACAAAAAGAUAUAUUCAGCAAAAGCUGCAGUGGACUGUACGGUACCCAGAAGUAUGUCUUGUAAUGUAAAAUACAUCGACCAAAAGUGUCGUCAACAACUAAAGAGAGACAUCUCUGAGUGGACACAGUCUGUAAAGUCCCAUAUGCAUAAAAGCAUUAAAAAGAAUGCUCAGACCAGAACCUGUUCGAGAACUGUUCGAGGUGAUGAGGGUACUCGUCUCUGUAUGGUGGACUGUGACAUAUUCUCACCUCGGUUUAACACCUCCUUCCACUGUAAGCAAACUGUGUAUCAUUCCCAAAUGGCUGCAAGUUCUGCAAACUGUGGACGUGCUUCAGAAUUGAUUUAUAGCAGCCCAAAUUCUCAGUGCCACCAGUUUUGUCAAUCAUCUGUUACAUCGACAAGUCAGAAGAAAUUUAAGAGCUUUCAGGAUCCUAUGCAGAAAACCUACAGUGGUGACAUUCUCCUUAAACAUACUCACUAUUUCACCCAAGAGAAGCCUUUCACCCCCAGAACUCUGAAAUCAAAUUCCAAGUCCUCUCUGUCUACUUAUCGGUAUUACACUUGUCCUAAUAGGCGCGAAGUGGAAGAAAAGACUCUGUUAAAUCAGCAAGAGGCUUACUAUGGAAGUACAAACAACAAUCAAGGCUGCUCAGCAGGACUGGACUCACCCCCGGGGGAUUUGCUUCCAUACAGUCUUGACCAUGGGUGGUCUGAUGGAGAGUCAGAUGUAUUCAGACGUUACAGCACAGCAAAUAAGACCAAAGAUAGUGAUUUCCUUCUUUCCUCCUCAAGGGUGUCGCCAGAGGGAAUGAAGUCCCCAAUUAUAAGAAAAGUAACAGCAGAGGAGGACGAAUUACUAUACCUGGAGUUUAUUACUGAUGUAACAGAUGACAUUGUAGCACGCGGAAUCUACUCUGACAGAGUACUGGAGCGGGUAUUUAAGCGUCAUAUAGAUAUGAAUAGACAUCGAUUAAAUGAGGAUAAAAUGCGCCACCUUCUGGAUGAUCUUCAGAAUGAUUUGCAAAGUCCCCCUGAUGCUUUUGUCACAGCUCUUGAAUAUAAGGAAACGGCUAGAACAAUGUUGCAUAGACAUAAGAGCUCAAGCCUUGGGCAAGAGCUCACAUCUGUGGCUACAGAUGACAUCAACCUCCUCCCAUGCACAUCCUUUGAAAAGGACAAAGAGGAACCUGAGAGUGCAAUUCCUUUAUUAUACUCCAUGCCAGCAAGUGUCUGUGUCCCUAAAAGUGCUGGGGCAAUUAAACAAGAAGAUGAAAACAACAUUAUGGAUUUGGAGCAUCAACAAAAAGAGGUAAAUGUAAAGUCCCUGAGUUUGGAACACUAUCAACUGAAUGAAGAAGACAAACAUCAAAACUAUACAGACCAAAACGAGCUGAUAAAACAGCUUGAUGAACUGGGAAGAAACAUAUCAGAAUCCCUCAGUGUAUCUGGGACACAUUCCUUAGAAGUGGUCAUUGAACAAGAGUCAACAGUAAAACUUUGUGAGAAUGAGUUUUGAACUAUAUGUUAGUUCAUUGCUUUCUUGAAGACACAGUAUUAAGGUAUUGUUGAUUACAGAUGUUUAGUCUUAUGUGGAAUUUUAAAAUAUUUUUGACAUAAUGCAAGACACUAUUGCAGAAUACAUAAUGUUAAUAUAGCAUUGGCAUCAAUUGUGGUAGAGUCAUAAAUGAAGAAAUGGCAUACAGAUGUGCUAGGUACUCAUACAUGAAAUAAACUAAGGGAGAAAAAAGAAAUAGGCACCUAACACAUAAAGUAAGAUGUCACACAACUUAGGAUGGAAGAGACUAAAAAAAUAUAAUGUCUUAUUUACAUGGUUAUAAGCCAGCUCAUUGUUGAGAAUAACCCUACAAUGGUGAGUAAAAGUCAUUAAUCAUC